CUUCUAGUCUUUCAUCUGAAUGUUUCAUUGUUUCCUCUCCCCCCGUUCUCUGCGUCAAAGGCUUCGUUUCCCCGCUUUGAACAACGUUGGAAUUGCUACAGGAGAUCAGGUAAUUGUGUCGUCUAGCACGUUGGAGUAACAAGUCUGUGCUGGUUGCCGUUCACCUACACUGCAUCACCGUCACCGCGCUCAGCUGGCCUUACCUUACUGCCACGCCUCUCUCCCCCAUCGCUGGCAGUAGCUUCCCAACCUUCUUUCCUUUCUGCAUUUCCUCCCUCUCUGUCUUAGUUACUUGUAGCUUGGGGUCGACAAGAGGAUCGUAGGAAAUAGCAAUCAUGGUUACCACUACUACUCAGGCGCCGUCUCGCCGCUUCCCAUCUAUGAUCGAGAUGGCCUCUCAAGCACCGUCUCACCGUUUCCCUUCCAUGAUCGAGAUGGCCGAGACCGCUUCGAUUCGCUCCGUGGCACCUUCUUACAUCUCUGAGGUGCCUUCCUACCACUCGGAUCGUUAUUCAUAUGCCGAUCCAUACAACCUUCCGGCGGAGCCUGCACCGCCUUAUUCACCGCCAGCAGCAGGAUGGGACAUGGCCGGCCGGCUCGGUGUCCUCUCCUCUCUAGUUCCCGCAACACUUCCCGAUCCGCCGGAAGAGACCCGCCGUGAACGCAGCCGCACCCGUACCCGUGCCGCGGCUGCCACCCCCCGCGAAACUUCGUCCGGAAGCACUUCCCGGGGUACUUCGAGAACCGCCAGUAGAACUAGCGGUAGAGCUACUUCCGACACCACUACCGCAACCACCACCAUCACGCGAAACCGAAACCGCCUUGGUACUAAUUCGGCCGCCAAUGACAGCUCCAGCACCAUUGCCAGGCUCGGAAAUAACAGCAACAGCCGGAGCAACAACCGGAGCACCACCAACACGAGGACUAGCGCGGCCGCCAGCUCCACCUCCCUCCCCACCACCACCACCAACGCCGGUUCCCGUCCCGUCGCCGGGACCCGGACCCGGGCCCAGACCAGCACAGACACUCCCUCCCGAUCUACCAACUCCAGCUCCCCUCCUCCCCGAGUCGGUCUCCCCCCGGUCCCCUCCGGCCCGCCGCCGCGAACCGACUUCCCGGUGCUUGGCGAUUUCCGCAUCCCGUCCCUCUCAUCCAUGUCCUCCAACCCCAACCUCCGCCAAUACCAAAACGUCGCGCAAAGGCGCGCAGCAGCCAACGCCUCCACCACCAACCUUGACGGCCUCCGACGGGCUCUGGAUCGCAUCGAAGAGGAGCGGAACAACAACAACCCCUCCAACAACGUCGCGCGACCGCUCGAGGAUCCGUAUCUGGUAGGCGAGGUGGCGGCGGCCAAGGCGCGGCGGGAAAGGCUGGCGAGGGAGAAUGGCGAUAUCUUGGUUCAGGAGAACCAUCGGUGGGAUGAGUUUCUGAACCUCAUGAGAGAACAGGAAGAGCGCAAACCGGGCUGGCGCCGGUUCCGCAAGAACGUGGAGACGCGCACCAGCAAGCUGCCUUUCCGGCUCGGCAUGCGGGCGCGAUAGCGUCGGGCUGUAUGCCGCUUUUGUCGCGGCGAGAGGCAGCAGCAGCAGCAAGGCUGAAAGAGCGAUUGAGUGAUCAGCCCUCAUGAUGAGAUGAGUCUUGUUCCUUCCUGUUUUUUUGCUUCUCGUUCCCAUGUCGUCUUCUUCACUUGGAGACACAUCAUUCAAAGGCGUUUUUUUGGCAUUGGGUUUAUGCUUUUGGCCUUUCUUCCUUUCCUUUCCUUUCAUUUCCUUCCCUUUUUGUCUCUUUCCCUUUUUCAUUCCUUUUCUUUCUGUCUGUUGAAUCAAAAUGGGGUAUGGGAUGGUAUGGCGAGGGAGCCCACAAACAAGCCUGCCUGGGUUGCCGUGAUGGAUUGAUUGCAGUGUCAUUCUUCCCUUUUUU